AUGUCGACGACGCCCGACAAGGAUAGAGGCAAGCCAGCCAAAAAGCCUGGAAUUCCACGUAUUAGUCAUCACAUCACGAGAUCUUCCGUCUCAAAGGCCAUUAGCUCUGUCAUUGGCAAGGAAAAUGCAAAGGACAAGGACGCGCUCUCGUCUCGUCGGUUCAGCGUCAAACCCACCGCGUCUGUUACAAAGGAAAAAGAGAACAAAGAAGUCAGCGAGCCCAGUGUCGCGUCGUCGGACGCGACAUCGAACAGCAAGCUCGUGCCAUCGAAAUCACCACUGGCGAGUAGCGCGACGACCGUGGUUGGCGUCGCUGCAACGACACUCUCGAGGUCUGCAAAGAAUGAGGGACUCUCAUCUUCUCCCAAUUCUGUGAGAAAGCUCACUGUUCCUACCGCCAACACGAGUCAACAGCAGGUGCUCAAACCACGCGAAAGCAUGGGAUCUUCGCUGCCAAAGUACAAACCCAAGGCAUCUCUACUCCCUCCAAAACAAGUGACACUCUCUCGCAAGCGAAGAAACUCGCUCGUCGAGGCGUCAGACGAGGACGACAAGCGCGACAACGAAGCCAAGAUAGCUGAACGACCCAUCAGUCCUCUCCCGCGACGUUCUCGUGUGACCUCCACUGUAUCGACGGCAUCGUCGAGGAUAUUCGAUCCCAAGACGCUGCCCAAGCUAUCCCCUCUACGCACAACUGGAAGCGACCUCUUGAGGACGCCCAUCCGAUCGCGUGUGGGUAGUAUAAGCUCUCCUUCAUCCAUACGUGCGCGAACGGUCUCCACUGCGACGGCGAGCAGCCGUCUCUCGACCGGUAAAGUCGACUCGCCCGUCAGACGCACAGACAAACGACCGCGUCUGUCGUCCGAAAGUCGCACUCCCGGGAACAAAUCACUCCUUGCAACGUCGACGUCUGGACUGGGCGACUUGAGCUCGGACAGCAUCGACAUUGCCGAUGUCUCUGCGCUCCUGUCUGUUAGUCCCAAUGUCUCACCAGUAAAAUCGAUGCUUGCACCGCCGAGUGCGCGUAGAACAACUCGAAGCAAGCCCGACUCGAACAGCAAUCCACCAACACCGACACGAAAGCUGGUCACAUCGACGCUGCCCUCGCGACAUUUGGACCCUAACAAUCUUUCUGCACGCAAAACCACAACCCAAGCAUCUCUCCGACGACCGCCGCUCCAGAACGCAGGAAAGGACCGUGGAUCGGUGUUGUCGUGGGGUGACUUUGCCAAAGUCAAGUUUGAUGACCCAUCGUCGGUGAUGCUAUUAGCAGACAUGACGCCGCUCAAGGGGAUCGCGACACCCUCGGACGACUCGCGUUUGCGCGAGCGUGUCGAUUCCGGAUGGGGACUAGAGGACAUGGCACGUAUGCGUGGUGGAAGGGGAGGAGUGUCGAUCGGCCAAGUCAUGUUCCCGUCUGCGCCGGCAAAUGGGGUCAUUCCAAAAGUCGUCGAGCCAGAUCAUGGUGACGAGGUGACGGCAAAGCUGUGGAAGCUUAAACUGGACGAGGCGGAAAACGAGAUACGCGAGUUGCAAGCACGAAUCAAGCUGCUCGAAUCGCGCAUUCCGAGUGACCAGUUGCCGGAUGUGACGACAAAUUCGCUAAUGACUGUCCCAUUCCCAUCCGACGAUGAUGUGAUCAGUCUGAACAGCGACCACGAGCAUCGAGGGGAACCUUUGAUGGCUAAAACAAAGGCAACGAUUGACGUGGAGAUGGUCAAUGAGCUCUCGUUGCGAAGAUUGCAAACAGCCGAGCUCGAGGCACGCGGUGCAUUUUUGGAAGAAUCACUUUCGAGUGCCCGGAUGCAAUUGGCGGAGAGAGAUGGCCAACUUGAAUGCACUACGCGAGCACUCGAAGAGUUGGAAACGGAACACGCAUUGGAACGCGAAGCGUGGACGGCCAAGAUGGGCGAGUACGAAGACGAAGCGGCAAGACGAUUGGAGACGGUAAAAGAACAGGCUCGGACUAGGGAAAUGUGGAAGGAACGAAUGGAGGCUGCUCUGGGUGCAUGGACGAGCGUGCGAAUGGAUACCAAGGCGGAAUUGGAGAGCGUGCGGCAGAUGCAAGCGACACUAGACGUGCUCAAGGCUGGCCUGAAAACUGUGCGUGUCGAGUGA